AUGGCCUUGGUGAUGGUUCAAAUUAGUGAAGGAAGCAAUUCUCGUGUUGGAGCAUUUAGGCGCCAACUUGAGAAGAUCAUAAUCGACAAGCACGAAGACACAAUGAGCAAGAUGGGAGCAAUUCUAGCCUUUGGUAUCCUCGAUGCAGGUGGUAUGAUCGUUACUAUAAGAUUGCUCUCUAAGACCAAACAUGACAAAGUAACUGCUGUUAUUGGCCUCAACUGGCUGAACAUGACAAACUUGGCCUUCUCACCGGCCACCUUCAUUGGUUCAAACUACGACCUUAUGAUCCCAAAGUUUGAGUUCAUGUCACAUGCAAAACCGUCUUUGUUUGAGUACCAAAAACCCACCACGGUUCCCACAUCCAAUAUAGCUGCUUAA